AUGCCACGGGAUAGUAAAAUACAAAAACAGUUACUUGAAGAAUCAAGGAAAAAACACGAUCUCAUACAACAAAAUUUCCAUGAUAGUUAUAGAAAUUUGACAUGGAAGGCAUUGAUGUGGCUUCGUUUCAUCGAUGAAUAUUGUCCGAAUGUACAAUACAUCAUAAAGCUUGAUGAUGACGUCGUAGGCAAUAUAUUGGAAAUAAUUCAUUUUUUGAACGAACAUGUUAAAGCAGUAAGCUUGUUGAAAUCACAGAAGCAAAUCUUUUGCCGUGUCAUUUAUCAUCGACCAGUGUCACGAGAAAAGAAGAAUAAAUGGUAUGUAAGAAGGGAUGAAUUGUCAUCUGAAUAUUAUUCGAAUUAUUGCGUCGGUAUGGCAAUUAUAUUCACUGGUGAUUUACCAAACAUGCUGCUACGAGCUGCCAAAAAAGAAAGAUAUUUCUGGAUUGAUGAUUACUUUAUAACUGGAAUUUUGGCCAAAAAAGUUGAAGCGCAGUUAGUGGAUUUAAAACGAAAAAUAGUGAUUUACACAUGGGAAGGAAAUGAAGAAGCGCUUGUGAAUGGUGAUAUAUUCUUUCGUUUAUUUUCAAAUAUGUCGCAUGGUCUGCAGUUGUGGCGACAAAUUGAAAACAGUUAUUUUAUACGAUUUUUGAAUAGUUCUCUGCAGCUAAUGAUGUCUCCUUCACAUAAACGUUUCUAG